AUGCUUUCAAACCUCAAAAAGCUUACUUAUCUUGGUUUAGGCGGAGGCAACAAAUUGUAUUUUCUUGAAGGGAAGAACACUUCCAACGGAACAUUUCCUUCUCAAAUUCAAAUUUUGGAUUUAAGUUCAUGCAACUUAGUUCAUUUUCCCAAUUUUAUACAACACUUGCAAGGCUUGACUGGUCUUUUCAUAUCAAACAAUGGCAUAAAGGCAAUCACGAGUUGGAUGUGGAAUAAAACAACUCUUCAGACUUUGGAUGUUUCCAACAAGAUAUUGAUGGGAGAAAUAUCCCCCUCCAUAUGCAACCUGCAGUCACUUGUGUUUCUUGGUUUAUCUUCCAACAAUUUAGUUGGCAAGAUUCCACCAUGUUUGGGAAGCUUUAGCCAAUCUCUUCAAAUUUUGAUGCUCGAUGAAAACAAAUUGACAGGCAAUAUUCCUCAAACCUAUGUGAAAGGAAAUGCCCUUCAGUUCAUUGAUUUUGGUUGUAACAAGUUGCAUGGUCCAUUACCAAGAGCACUGGUCAAUUGUAGAAUGCUAGAGCUUCUUGACGUGAGUCAUAACCAUUUCAAUGACUCAUUUCCUUUCUGGUUAGGAUCUCUUCCUAAGUUAAAGGUUGCUUCUUUUCGGGAUAAUCGAUUUCACGGAGCCAUAAUGUGUCCAUUGAAAUACACAUUUCCCCAGCUUCAAAUCAUUGAUCUUUCUCAAAAUGGUUUCUCAAAGAAAUUGACAUCAGAAAUAAUCACGUGUUUCAAAUCGAUGAUCAUAUCCAACAAAAGACAACUUGAUUCCAAGGACGUGAUUUAUAGUGAGAAAACGUUUCUGGAUAUUGAUUCGCUUCCAUUUUCAAUGUCCAACAAAGGAGUUGUCAUGGAGUAUCUUGGGAUUUCCGGUGAGAUUCCAGAUAUCAUGGGAAGUUUGAAUCGUCUUGUUGUGCUCAAUUUGUCCAAUAACUUGUUUACUGGCAGCAUCCCAUCUUCCUUCGGAAAGCUUUCAAAUCUUGAAGUCUUGGACCUUACGGUUAAUAGCCUGUCAGGGAAUAUUCCUCAACAACUCACCGCGCUAACCUUCUUGGAUUUCUUCAAUGUGUCUUCCAACAAUCUCUCAGGUCCAAUCCCAGCAAAUGGGCAACUUUCCACGUUUGAUAACAAUUCAUUUGAGGGAAACAAGGAUUUGUGCGGGAUUCAAUUGUUGAAGAAAUGUGAAGAUCCUUCUAAGCAUCCAUUGCAAAAACCUGAUGGUGAUCAAGAUUCUGAGUCAGGAUCUUUCUUUGAAUUGUAUUGGAUGGUAAUUCUAAUUGGAUAUGGGGGUGGCCUUGUUGCUGGGUUAGCUCUGGGAAAUGCUUUCGCUGUAGAUGUUUUUAGGUUGCUGAAAAAGAUCUUUUCAUGUGUGUAA